AUGUUGCCGUUCAACCCCAUGCGCAUCAGCGCCAUUUUGAAUAAACCUUCGGAACUGCAGAAAGAUGGCCGACAACCUCCCGAAGUAAGUCAACCACUGCAACUACGCCCCGCCCUCAGUCAAGAAAGGACCGCCAAAUCUUCCCGCUGGCAUUUGGAUUGGCAGGAAGAAGAGAAAACCUCUGUGGAGGAGAAUCAAAAAGUGAAACGGAGGAAAAAGAGAAAGGAGAAUGCAGCCAGUCCCAAGGUCGCGCAUGCGCCUUCUGCUCAAAUCUUAUAUCGUAUCACUGGGGAUGGCGCUGCACAACUCCGGCCGAUGCCGGUGGGUAGAGCAGCUGCAUGGGAAAGUCUCUCUGUUGUUUCCUCAGCACACCUUCCACGGUGGAAAGUCCACCGCGGCGAUAUUGUGAUCGUGGACAUUGGUCUAAGAGGUACAGAUGUCGCCAAGGUGUCCGAUCUUCGUCGCUUAUCGGACGGACGCUACAUCAUUGUCUACGCUUGGUUGCAUACAAGGAACGAAAUUACUCGAGAACUUGAAGUGGACUCGAAAUUACCCGCUCAUGCUUUAGUCCAUCUUGAUAGUAUGUGGCCACCGAACGCUGCGCACAAGUUGAUGCUCAGUACGAAUCGGACCAUCACAAUUUGGGACACCGCGAUCGCAAAAGCUCCCAAGAAGAUCAGGACGAGUAUUUGUCAGUACGCGAUAUACAAUACGACACCACUAUCGCGACGAAUAGUCAGUGUGAAUCGCCCUAAAUUCGAGUGGGUGAGAGCAAUCUUAACGAUGAAACCCGAGACCAAAUGA